CUUCUAUUAGUGUUCCGGAAUACAGUUCCCCGAAAGGCUCAGAAAUAGACUCCCAGAGCCGUCAAUUGUUUUGUUUGUAACUGACUGCAUUGCACCCUACCUGUAUAUCCAGGAGCACACGAACAGUAGAACAUGGCAAUGCCAUCUAUGCAAACCCCUCCAUUCAAACAUGGCGAAGACCAACACUCGUUCCAGUUGGUCUGGCAUUGGGCGCCCGUGUAUCCGUCGAUACAGUAGCAGAAGUAGGUGGAGUUCAGGUCAUCUAUGCAGACGCCGUGGACACAAGGGUUGCUCAGACAUGAGAAACCUGAUAGGGCAGUGGGCGGUGCCAAGAGUAUCAGAAGAGUGGAGAGGAGUAGCGGCAGGGAAAAUGGAAGAAGACUAAGUAAAAGUUCG